GAUGAUGGUAUGUGUUGUGACAAGCUUCAUUUUUCAGUCACAUGACUGCAAAGGAAUUUAAAGAACGGUGCUUGGUGUUGAUGCGCUCAUCCCACCAGAGGUCAAAAAGCAAAAAGAAACACAGAGAGCCAUUUUUCAGCAGAUAAUAUCACCAGUCUCAUUGCCAACUAAAUAUUUAUAUUUUUUCUCUUUGCCUACUGAGCAUCAAUUUUUCCGAAUCAAAUGUAGUCAAUCAUUUAUCAAUAAUAUGGCCAAGUAUAGUUGCUUUCUCUGCAAUAAAAGAAGCUGCAAAAAGGAUGAACGCAGUCUUCAUAAGUUUCCUAACAAGGAAAAGAACUCUGAACAGCACAAAGGCUGGUUAUUGAAACUUGAUAUAAAGGAAGAAGACUUUGACGGUAACAUCCAUGCCUUUCUCUGCUCGGAACAUUUUGAGGCAUCUGAGUUUGAAAUUGGUCCAGAAAUGAGAAAAAGAUUAAUGCCAGAUUCCUAUGGAAACUCAAAGAGACAGCUGAAAGAAAAUGCAAUACCGACACUAAAACUUCCACAGAAGCAGCUGAAAAAAAAACCGGCUCCUGCUUUGGAAGUUUCCAAGCAAUGUACUUCCAAAUUGGAUAAAUCUGCUGGCAGAAAGAGAGUCCUUUCAAGUUAUUCUGAACCUCCACCGCUCCGACCGUGUGCUCGAGGGUCCAGGGGUGAGCAAGAGCAGAACAAUGAAUGUUCGGACACACAAGACGAUGCCUCAGAGGCGAACGAGGAUGAUGAGAGCUACGCUGCAGAUCAUGAUGAUGAACAUGAUGAAACUUUUGGCCCUCCUGAUGAUGAGGGAUCCUCAUCAGAAGAUUCUGAAUUUGAUGAAGAUGAGGAUAAUGAGAUGACAUUCGGCGGCAAAUCUUCGGUUUUCUUUGUCCAGAAGGAGUGUCUGCUGCAACUUUUUAAGUUUUGCCAGCAAUGUGGAGCACCAGUUGAAAAUACAGAGGUCCUGGAAGUUGGCACACUCGUGACCGUCAAAACAACCUGCUUGGAAGGGCACUUCAAUGAGUGGAAAAAUCAGAAGGUUAUUGAGUCACAACCUUUACUGAAUGUUGAAGUCUCCUCGGCAGUAUUCCUAAGUGGUAUCAACUUCGAAGCCUAUCAGCGACUUUGCACAGCCCUCAACUUAUCAAACAUCCACAAAAGUACCUACUUCAGAAAGCUCCGAGCAAAUGUUCUACCUGUCAUCGAAAUGACAGGAAAUCAUUUUGCUCGGGGACGGGCAAUAUGA